CGGGGAUGCCCCUGAGCCAGCGGGUGCGGUUACUGAAGGCCAAGGAUGGAAAAAUUAGGGAUGGAAGGCAGUGGGGCGAGGGGAAGGAAGUCCUGGGGAGUCCAGAGCUGGGGCCCGGGGCAGGGUCGGAAGGAGGAGGGUGACCGCCCUUGAGGGUGGGCUGGGAAGUUGGAAGAGAGCUGGAAGAGAAGGUAGGAAACAGUGCAGGAAGAUCUAGUUUAUAGGGGGUGAAAUUACUAAAAACAAAAGCCUAGAGUCCUGUGGAGACUCAAGGGAGGUUUUGGUAGCUUAGGAAUAAUUAUGGGUUUAUUAUUAUUAGACUGUGAUUGUAGUGGAAAGGCUCUUCUGACCAGGCAGAUUUUCUUGUUUUACACACCCCUCAGGGAUGGAUGUAAGGAAUAAAGGAAGUUACCAAGAAAUACGCUUUGUUGACAUAAGUAAGCUGGAGCAAGUACACAGGUGCCUGUUUUUCAUACUGAGUGAACCAGGGAAAAGUGUUUAACAGUGAUUAAGAUCACUGGUCCAGUUCACUUGAAUUUAAAUCCCUUUUGUUACUUUAUGGCCCUGAACAAAGUAUUAAUAUCGAUUAGUAGCAAGUUACUAGUGCCAUUUUUUAAAAUAAUAUGGAAAUAGUAGAUGGGUUGUGUGAAUUAAGUUUCUUGAAAUAUAUCUAUACGUAAGUAAAUGAAAAAUAAUAGUUUCAUUAAAGUGGAUUUGGUUUGUGUGAGCUAUUCCUUGGGCUGCACUGACUGGAACCUCCCACCCCACUCAAGUCUGAAGAUUUGGGUUCCUCUCCCUAGGAAAGUACAUUUGGUUCACAUACAUGUUUAUGCCCAUUGGAUAUCUUUGGGAUCAAAAGUUAUUUAAAUGAUUUUGAGGGGAGAGGCUACAUACAAUAUGGAAAAAGAAAAUAAAGUGGAUCUUCCGUGGUUGAUAUGAAUUAUGGACUACAGAUCUAUUGUGGAGAAAUAAAUUGUGCAGAAAUAAAUAUCAUCACCAGCAUAUGAAGACUAGGAAAAUGCUCUUGAGUAUUGUUAUAAAUCUGUGAAAUUACGUGAAUAGAGAUUAUUUUUCAAAAUAAUGGGGGAAAGAGCAAGAAGCACAGAUAGUGAUCAAGAAAGUAAGACCACCAGACACUCCUGUUACUAUUCAUCUGAUUUUGGAACGACACCCCAGUCCUCUGGUCAGUCUUCGCCAGUCCACCCUUCACCUGUAAAUAUUAGGGGGAAAGAUCCUAAGAGACAAGUGUCAGAUAACCAAGUACAUCACCAAGCCCCUAGGAAACCAAGCUCUAAGGGUGCACCAAACAAAAAGGGAGCCCGAGUGGGAUUUCGUUCCCAAAGCCUCAACAGAGAGCCACUUUGGAAAGAUCCUGAUCUUGUGACAAAACGGGUUCUUUCUGCAAGAUUGCUAAAAAUCAAUGCUUUACAGAAUGAAGUGUCUGAACUCCAGGUCAAGUUAGCUGACCUGUUGAAAGAAAAUAAGGCUUUGAAAAGGGUUCAGUUCAGACAGGAGAAAGUCCUGAAUAAAUUUGGAGAUGCAGAAAAUGAAAUCUCACAACUUCUAGCUCGUCAUAACAAUGAGAUUACAGCCCUCAAAGAACGCUUAAGAAAAUCUCAAGAGAAAGAACGGGCAACUGAGAAAAGGGUGAAAGAUACAGAAAGUGAACUAUUUAGGACAAAAUUUUCCUUACAGAAACUGAAAACGAUCUCUGAAGCUAGACACCUACCCGAAAGAGAUGAUUUGGCAAAGAAACUAGUUUCAGCAGAGUUGAAGUUAGAUGACACGGAAAGAAGAAUCAAGGAACUAUCAAAAAAUCUUGAGCUGAAUACUAACAGUUUCCAAAGACAGUUGCUUGCUGAAAGGAAAAGGGCAUUUGAGGCUCAUGAUGAAAAUAAAGUUCUUCAAAAGGAGCUACAACAACUGUAUCACAAAUUAAAGGAAAAAGAGAGAGAACUGGAUAUAAAAAACAUAUAUUCUAAUCGUAUGCCAAAGUCCUCUCUAAAGAAAGAAGAAAACAGUUCAUCAAGAAAAAAUGCUGCAUGCCAGAGUGAUUUUACAGACCUGUGUACCAAAGGUGUACAAACCACUGAAGAGUCUGAACUGGAAGAAUUCCCUGUAACACCAGAAACAACUAUGUGUUAUGAAAACAAAUGGGAUGAACCAGAACAUCUUACCUUGGACCUGGAAUCCCAAGAACAAGAUGAACACAAAGAAGCACGGAUUCUAAACCCAAUUGUGGAAAAAGAAGAAAAACAUUUUAAAGAUCAAGGACUCCAUAUUGUAAAACAGGGGGUUGAGAAGCUAGAGGAUGAAUGGGAAAGAGAAGAAUUUGAUAAAAAGCAAAAAGAAAAGACAUCUUUACUUGAGAAAGAAGAAAAGCCAGAACUGGAAACUGGAAGGUACCAAAUGGGAAUGUAUCACAUUCAAAAUAUUGAUAAAUUGGAAGAAGAACGACUCAAGACUGAAAUGCUGCUUGCUAAACUGAAUGAGAUCGACAGAGAGUUCCAAGAUCCCUGUAAUCUAAAAUACCCUACUUUGCCAUUAAUACCUGAUUUGGAAUCAAAACUGCACUCAGAGAAAAGCUCCAAAACAUACAUGUUCUCUGAAUUCUCAGAGAAAUUUUCUAAUGGGCAUCAUUUGCAAGACAUCAGUUUUUUACCUCCAAAGGGAGAGGGCCAGAAUCCAGGAAAUGUUAGAAGUCCAGCCUCUCCAGAUGAGUUUUCAUUUGGUAGCUAUGUGCCUUCAUUUGCAAAAACAUCAGGGAAGUCAAAUCUAUUUAGGCAAAAAAGUGGCCUUGGUGAUUUUCCAAAAACCAAUGUGGAUACUCUUAAUAAAGACAGUAUAGAUUUAACUACAAGAAAAGAGAAAAAAGCCAACCUGAUGGAACAGCUGUUUGGUACCUGUGGCAGCAGUACCAUCUCCUCUAAAAGCAGUGACCCAAAUUCUCUGGCUACCAGCAAAGGAGACUUUGAUCCUCUAAGUUUUCUCCCUAGCGAUAAGGGUAAAAGCAGUAGAGAUAGAGAACGUGAUGAAGAUGAAGACUUUUUCCUUGGUGAAGGAAGAAAUUUUAAUCCAAAUAGACAGCGAUUAAAACAUGCAAAUAACAAAACAGCAGUAAAAGUGGUUGAUUCUGUAGAAGAUGACAUUGAAGAAGUAGCACUAAGAUGACUGACUAGAGUUUACAUUUUUCUCUGAUUGUAAAUAUUAAAAUAUUUUAUAUAAUAUUUAUUAUAAAAAUGAAACUUUUUAAUGUAAAAAUGUCCUUAAUAAAGAAUGAUUUUUAGUAGCUCAGUUAAAAAGAAACAGAGCAGAUCCACACUACAUAUAGCUAGUUUGCCAAGAAUUGAGGUGGCUUUUUUUUUUUUGGAAUGAAGCAAAACAUACAGAUUGUAUUAGUCAGCUUUGCUGGAACACAGUACCCAACAUCCACAACCUAGAGGAGAAGGUUUAAGUUGGCUUGUGGCUCACAGUUCAGGGGACUCAGUCCAAGAUCAGAUAACUCUAAGGUAGAAGGGUGUAGUAAAGUAAAGCAGCUUAAGUCACAGCAGCCAGGAAGCAGAGCAAGGAGAUGACUCCAGAAGGGAAGGAGUGGGAGACCAGAUAUAGACCCCAAGGUCACACUUCCAUGACCCACCCAGAUAUCAAAAGAGUUGGACUUACCAAUCCCCUGGGCAGUUGACAAGCCAGUCAGACAUAAUCACCAUAGAGACAUCUCAUUUCAUUGUGACCUUUUAGUUUCUAAUACUUUUAAGCCAGCUGAUGGGGAGGCUUUACUUCAGAGGAAGUCACAUUUAUUUCCUACCUUUAUUCCAAUUUAAUUUGGAAAUUUUAAUACGUAUGUUUAAGAGUUGAAUUUUCCUUCACACCAAAGACAACAAUAGGGUAACACUAUUGGAUGUACAGGACUGAUUCUAAAGCAACUUUGGAUAAAAGUUUUAGAAUGGAGCUUCUGCCUUGCUGAAUAAGGUGGAUAAAUUUCUGUUGAAAUGCAUUGGUUUUCUUUUUGAUGUCUAUAGUUCACCUCAGUUACAGAGGAGUAGGCUGGGUGUGCUUGUUCUUUGAGGAUCAAUAAUAACACUACCAUUCAAGGGGAAAACACUAUUAAAAUGAAGAGUGGAGGAAAUAGUAUAUCCAGAAGAAUAAAAACUUUAGACUGGCACUUAAUCUAAACUGAGUGUUUUUUUCAAGAAUUCACUAUAUAUUUGUUCAUUGUAUGAUUUCUAAUGCCAAGCAUACAUACUGAUAAAAGGAAAGAGUCCUUAGAAGUGCUUAUUCAUGAAUAUCACUUCAUGACUUUGAUAAGACUUAUUUGGCUAGGUCUUUAAAAAGUUACUUGUUAUUAUUGGAAACAUCUCCCAAAAGUGCUAAACUGUAUUAAAAUUUUUUUCUUAGAUAUUUUUAUAUAUAAUAUUUACUGUUAUAAAUCAUUCUAAUAUAUAUAAAACUAUUAUUUGUACUGCAGUUCUUUAUAAAAUAUGUAAUGUUUCAUUUAUAACAUAAUUUUUGAUCAAAACUAUUUUGUAAAGUUUUAUUUUAAAUGCUUCAAUAAAACUAUAGAAAAGCUUUUAUUCAGGAUAUUUUAAUUAGUCUCUUGCUUUUUUCUAUCUGAUGAUGUCUUUAUCCAGAUGCAACAGAUAGAAUUAUUAAAAGCUAAAAUUAAGUUAUAGGCUUAAAAGCAUUAUGAUGCUAAGUAUUAAAAUUAGAUUUAAAUGUACAGAUUUUUUUAUGAACCUUAGAGAGUGAAUCAUUUUUUCUAAAGUCAAUUUAAAUUUAUUUGUACUCAACUCAUUAAUAAAAAUUUUAAAAUACUAUGACUCUUUAUUUGAAUAAUACCUGGUUUUCUUAGAAGAAUGUAUUGGAAACGGGAUCUGCAAGCUUAAUUUUUAUUUCAUUAUUCACCUUUUCUCUGUCCAGUAUUCUUAGUUGAAUUAAAUGAAUUGCCCUAAAUCAGGUUAGUAUGCUAGUCUUAUCAGAUAAUUAUAGUUUUAAUUAAUCCUUUCACCCUUAGUAGCUAUCAUAAUGGUACAUAAUGCUUGUAAUAAAAAAGUGAGAAAGAUUAAAAUGAGUCAUAGAAUAAACACAAACUUAUUUCAUGACUCAGUUUUUCUGAUCAUCAUCUUCAUGUUCAGCCACACAGCCUGACACACUGGUUCCCUCUCUGGUAUGUAACCCCCACCCCACUGCCUCUUUGCUGGUAGGUAGAGAAUGCAAAUCUGCCUGAAAAGGGCAAAAGGAAAUUUGUAUCCUAGUGACAGUAUGAAUUUUUAGGAUUAAAAGAAGUACCAUAAAUUGUUAAGACCUUUAAAAGCUUUUUUCCUGCUACACAAUAUCUACCCUUCUCCCAAUAAAGUUCUCUUUCAUAUCA